GUUAUCACAAUGGAUGCCAAACACCAGCAGCUGAUCAAUCACUGUGCAAAUCUCUUAGAUUCUUAUGAUGCAGAUACUACAGGCUUGGAGGAGCAUCUCAAGGAUUAUUUAAAUGCCAACAGGGUGCUUAUUGAAGAGAAUUUACAAAGUGGCCAUCCAUAAAUGAUGUCAUGCUAUUUUGGUUGAUUUUUUUUUACCCUACCCACCCCAACCCCAACUCAAAGUCACAAAUUUGUACAAUAAAUUAAUUGUGACAAAUAAAUAAAUUUGGGAUAUCCCCCCCCCCCCUUUUUGCCCCACACAGACAUUUGACAUUGUUUAUGAAUUUGCCCUAUAUGCAAUUAUUGAAAUACAUAUUGUAGGAUGGCUACAGAUUUAUUUGUGAUGAGAUAAUGAGGCUUGAAGAUUUAAUUAAUGAAUAGGCUUUGCAGCUAGCCAACUGAUUCAAAGCUAAUUACUAAUAUUACUUAUUAGUCAUCUAAUUAAAAAGAAGCUACAACAAUAUAUGUAAGUCUUUAAUAAUGUACAUCCUCAUUUGUAAGUAUUUUAUUAUUAAUUAUCUUUGUGCCCAGGUACAAGAUGAAGAUGAUAAAAUAUUCAUAACUGAAGUGUUUUCUGGAUGUGUUCGACAUGGCCCUAUAAUGAAUUUAGUUGUGGAUGGAUUCUAUGUUCGUGAUGGAAGAUAUAUUUUGAGAUCCCUUCAAAGCAUGUAUAAAGGCAAGUCUGCCUCAUAGUUUCCUUACUAUCAAGCUGUGAAUGUUCUUACAGCUUUUUAUUUGAAAAGUUAUUUAGACUAAAGAUUAACUAUAGAAUAAAGAUUAUUAUAUUUUUUAAAAUUUAAUUAAUGCAAUAUAAAGAUCAUAGAAAUAUUAAUUGAAAUAUUUUAACUAAUUUUGCCUCUAGAGUUAAAAAGUGGAAUUAAUAUUUAUGUAAACCCUAUUUGUAAAAUUAUUUUUAAAAAUAUUUCAGUUCUGGCAUAUUUAGCAUUGUUCAGGCUGGAUGAACUUGGUGUUGCCCAUUACAGAAAAUUUGUUAGCACUUUAGAAAUGAAAUCAGCAUACAAAGUAGGUUUGGCCAAGUAAUUAUUUGUUGUUCAGCUCUGACAAGGUCUCUCUAUCUCCCUUUGGUUAUUUCUUCUUCUUGUAUUUGAGGGCCCACAAACAAUUUAUUGAUCAUUCUGGCUCCUGGUUUGAAUUCAGAGAUUGUCUUCUCUUAAAUGAGUUAAAGGGCUAGCAAGUCCCAUCCACGGGGGGGGGGGGGGGGGGGGGGGUGGUGGGGGGGCUUGGGAUGCUGGCUUUGGUGGGGAUUGAACUCCAGACCACCACCUAUUUGGGAUUAAGUCGGUUUUAAACCGCUCAGCCACCCAGCACCCAGUUGUUGAUAUCAUUCUAACCUCCUCUUGGGGGAUGUUAAAUCUGUAUAAAAAUGUAUUUCUGAAGUAAUUCUACUUAACUAUCAUUGCACUGACACACUAACAGUAGUUAUACCAAUUUUCCAUGUUACAGUUUCUCAACUUUUUCUUUGAUGAAAAAAAUCUGGUCACGUGGAUGAAAGAUGGAUGGAAUUCAGUUUACGAGCCUUCUUAUGUUCAAACCAGCUUAUUGUCUCCAAUACUGAGGUAUGUUUUACAAUAAUUAAUGUUGUUUUCUUAUCACUGUUAAGAAUUUCAAUGAAUUAGAAUUAUUUUCCAAGGCAAAUGCAAUCUGAAUUAUUUAUCUCUUUGUCUUUAAAAUAAUAUUGAAUAAUUUAGCAAAGAAACUCAACUUAUUAUUAAAAUUUGAAAAAUAUGUUGAAAUUUAUUAUUUAUAUAUUGUUUAAAAAGAGGUUAUUUGAAAUUAAACAAGGAAAGUAUAAAGCUAUUAUACAUAAUAAUUGAAGGCAUAUGCUAUCUAUAUUAAGGCCUAUUUAAGAAAAAACAAAAAACUGAGUAUGUAGUAAGGCUAUUAUGUUUUAUGUUGUUUUCUAUUAAAAACUUAUUAAGUCUGUUUUCUAGCUUUUUUAAAAAUUCGUUCAUGUAAUUGUAGGUGGUUGCCAGAGCUUACUGAUUUGGUCAAGCUGAUGAAAAACAGGAUAGAAAAUAAGCUUAAGCCAAAGAAAUCAACAAUACCAGCAACAGGUUUGACAGUGAUUUCUUUCAAGUGCAAAAAUGUAUGUGUAUCUCCAAUAAAGUGCAAUUGUAUAUCCCCUGAGAUUUGAAUAUUGUCCACAUCGCAGCUUUAAACUGUGAUUCAUUCUGUUGAUCACUUAUAACUAAUAUGUUGGAGCUGUCAUUUUUCACAUGCCCCACAUUUUGGUCCAAAAUUAUAUUUCCUGCAAAACAAAAUAGGUCAGAGCUAAUGAUGUUAAAUGUUAUACUCUACAUUAGGGGUCUCCAAACUUUUCAGCUCGAGGGCUGCAUUAACUAACAAACAGCAGUUCGGGGGCCGACUACACACUUGAGGUCCAAAUAAAAAAAGAAUCAAAACAUGGAUGUUGUUUUUAAUUACACAGAUGUAUGUUGUUCCAAAGAUUGAAAGGUACAUUGAAGCAAUUUUUUUUUAAAAUUAGGAAAGUCUUCCUUGGGCGAAAACUGGUUAAAAACUCACCAGUCCUUCUUUGAACUUCUCCCUAAGGAGGUCAUUUGCUUGUAACUCAAUGACCUCCAGCUGCAUUUCAUCUGGGCAACUGGCCACAUCUUCUUCAAAUGGGUUUUGAAACAGUCUCACUUCUUCUGCCUUUAAAUUUAAGUCAGAAAACCGCUGCUGAAACUGCUGCUGGGGGGUCUUUGAUGAUCUCGCAUGCAAAUGACGUGGAGAACUCCGCAGUUGCUUCAGCCUUGAAGCCCUUGCACUGCUGAAAGGGCGUCAAGUUGUUGGUCUGCACUUGUUCAAAAAACAAGACGAAUUUGGAUCUUAUGUCCUCUAGGUGGGUGUAUAGAUCAGAAACUAGAUUUUCAUCUCCUUCUAGUUUUAGGUUCAGAAAAUUUAAAUGACUAUAUAUAUAUAUAGUUAUGUCUGCAGCAAAGGCUAAUUUCCAUACCCACUCUUCAUCAGACAAUAUUGGCUGUGGCUUGCCUUUACUAUCCAGGAAGUCACCUAUUUACUUUCUUAAUUUAAAUACUCUGGUUAGAAUUUUAUCACAACUUAGCCAUCUUACCUCUGUGUAAUAUGGUAAAUAUUGCGACUUUGUGUCAGUAUUUUUCAAGAAGUUUCUGAACUGUCUAUGGUUGCGCCAAUGUGGCCUUAUUAAAUUAACCCUCUUCACCACAGGAUUCAGUACACUGCUAAUGUCCAUAUAUUUAGCACACAAAGCUUGCUGGUGAAUAAUACAAUGCAGGAACAUUGGUUAUAGAAUGUUUUUCUUAUUACACAUCUGCUUCACUUGUCCAACCAAGCCUUUCUUCAUGCUACUCAUGUUAUUUCCUCCGUCAACAGUCAGGCAACUGAGGUUAGUCCAAUCAAUGUUAUAAUCAGCAAAUGUUUUUUUCAACUCAUUUAAUUUAGUGUCUCUGGUAACAGUGCCGUACAAGCAAUGUAGGGAAGCCAUCUCUUGUGUUAUGUUCAUGUCUUCAUCGACACCUCUAAUGAACACAAGCAGUUGAGAGGUGGAACAGCUGUCCAGCGAUUCAUCCAUUGCAAUUAAAACUUGGCGAAACUUGCUUGCAUUUUUCACUAUUUGAGACACAAUGUUUUCACCCAUGUCUGCAACAGGGCGGGCAAAUCUCUGCCAUUAGAUAGCGUUAUAUCAUCUCAUUGAUUUUGAACAGAAGUAGAAAAAGUAAACAGCAAAAAAAGGUUUUGCAAUGUAGUGAUCGGUUAGAAAACACAACGCACUACUACCCGCCUCUAUUUUAAUUCGGUAAAAACGAAACGUCCACUUAAGUGGUGGCUGAUCUUGGCAGGAUAAAAGCAGGGCUGCCACUCAAUUUUUUUUUAAUUCCCAAGAUUUGGUCAAACUAUUUCCCAAGAUUUCCCAAGAUCAUGAUAAUAUAUAAGAGUUUUUUUUAAAAUGGAAAUUAUCUUGGGAAUUUUUUUUUAAACGUGAGUUUUUGUCCUGGAUGGGGUAGUGAAUUCCCAAGAUCUUGGGCAAUUUCCCAAGGUGUGGCAGCCCUGGAUACAAGUAAUUUUUUUCCGUAGACAAAAAGGUCUCCACGGGCCGCUUGAGAGGGCCUCAUGGGCCGUUGUUUGGAGACCCCUGCUCUACAUUAUAAAUUUUAGUGUAUGAAUAAAUUAUUUUUAUGUGUGACGCUUUUAAGUACUUCACUUAAUUUACUUCUCGCUCUGAUGCAAACAUCAAAAUUUGAAAACUUGUGGCAGUUUUUAAUACCACAGGUUUCUUUUAACUAUGCAAAACAACUGACCGAGUUGUGCCUAUUUUCUAUAUUUAACACAAACUUUUGUGAAAUUCUUUCAGAUGUGAAGCCAUUCAAUCUGACCAAACCAAGACCAAGAAGCAUUCCAAUCCCAGAUAAAGUAGAGAUCCUAUAAUCAAUGUUUUAGAAAAUAUUUGGAUAAUUUUUUUAAAAUAGUUUCUUAUAAAUUUAUAUCGAUAUCAAUGUUAAAUUUAAAGAUGGCACCUUUAAUUUUUAACACUUAAACAUUUGUUUCCAGAUCCCACAGUUGAAGAAAUCAAAUCCAAUUCCUGCCUCCUUAUAUAAUCCUCCCAUAGAUCAAGAAGAAAUUGCUAGACAAAGAAUAGAAAAUAGAAGGAAAGCUGAGGUUUGAAUUCUAUUGUUAUUUAAAAGUAAAAUUUUCUAGUCUGACUCGUUAAGCUCAAAAUGUAUUAUCAUUAUUUUUAUAUUCUGAAAAUUCUCAUAAAAAAAAAUACUUUGCACCUUGGCCAAUCAUAAGAGCAACCACAACUAUUUGUAUUCUUAAAUUUUUUUAAAUACUACUCCUCACAGGAACGCUUGAUGGAAGCCUCAAAGAUUCAGUUUUCUUGUGCUAAUCCAGAGAAAUCUGAUAAAACUAAGCACAUUCUACAGAACAUAGCCAUAGAAGAGAUGGCUAAAACUGAGGUCACAACUGUCAAAGCCAGACCUCUCCCAGAUUUUGUAAGUUAUACCAAAAUAUUCAUUUACAGACAACUUGCCACAAAAAGUAUUUCCCAUUGAAAUAUAGGUCUCUGAACUGUAAAUAAUGAUGAUAAUAUAAUUAUAAUUGGAAAUAUUUAGAUUGCAGUAUACUUAAGACAUGAUGUUUAUAUCACUACUUAAUAAUUUUUUGUCUUCAGAAAAAAGAGGCUGUUCCAGUGAAAAUGACAGCAGCAACCAUAAUGAGGGAGGGCUUAUUGUAUCAGAAGCUAGAAAAUGAAAUCAUGGAGAAGUAGGUCACUCCCAUUGAAUGUAUAUUAUCAUAAUCUUUCUAAAAUAUGAUUUAUAGAGAUCUCUCUUAUAUGCUGCUAAAUUCUGAUAGGCCUUUUGCCUGAAUGAAAUAAUAAUCCAGGAUUUUCCCCAAUAACAUAACCAAGUUAAUCUGAUUUCAAAAGUGUCCUUUUUCUGACUUUGUUUAUUCUUUUUCAUAUAAUCUUCUUAACAUUUAAUUGGCAUAUAAUACUUUUGCUAACUCAACUUUUAUUGUGCAGACUUCGUCGGCUUGAAGCCGGUGCUUAUGAUGCUAGUGAUUUCAACAAAUGGCAGUCAGAGAUGAGACAACGAGAUCUUGAAGCUCAACUCAUGGCCAUUGAGGAGAGGAGACUGCUGGGAAAACUGAGUCAUGAAGAGGCAAUCUAUGCCCGCAAAAAUCUAAUGGCAGAGAAUCAAACGCGAGUUAAAAAUAUAAAAAAAGAAGUAAGUUUUUUUUAAAAUAUUUUUAUUAGGGCCUGCUUCAGUGGGCUAUUUUCAAAUAGUUGAAAAAGAGUCUUUUAGUGCUGUAAAUGUAAUGGAAGAAACUAGCAAAAUAUACAAUAUUACAAGACACAACUCUGUCACAAAUUACAUUUCAGUUGCUUUGCACAGUUUUGAGUCACUGAUAGUUGUGAACUAUUUGUGAAUUUAUGUUUUUAAAACAAACGAAAUUAUUGGAAAACAAUUUUAUUCUUUCUAGAAGUAGUUUAAUUAAAUUUCAUUCCUUUUAAAAAAACAAAACAUAGCUAUGAUUAAAGUAAAAUUGAUUCACAAAUUUAAAGUAACUGCUGCAUUUAUUAAUUAUUUUUACUCCUUUAGACAGCCGCCAUGAUGAAAGAAUUCCUGGAUAAAAAGUUCCAGGAAGAAAAAGAAAUGAAGUAAAUAUUAUGUUGUUUUAUUUAAAAUUAUAUCUGAAAGAAUUUAAGACUGGCAACUUAAAUUGCUGAUAAUUUAAAAAGUUGUGUGGAUUUAUUUUCACAUUUUCAUUAUGUUUAAUGCAUUUCCAAUGCCAUUUUUAAACAUAUUGUCAGAACUUUAGUUGAAAACACAAUGGCCAGCCACAAAAAUGCCAAAGAAGCAAAAGAGAAGUUAAAAGCUUACAAACGUAAAAUUGGUAAGUCAAUAUCUAUUCAUCCCUGUACACUUCAGGUAAUACUGCUAAUAAAACUUAAAUUUCUCUCUUGUUGCAAAAUAAAUGUGUAUAAACUAUUUGUUUAGGUUUUAUUAUAAUGCUUGUGUAGGACUCUUCUGUUAAAUGUUAGCUAUUGCUGUCCAAAUAAAUAGAAACUUAUUCUUCUAUGAUAGAUUUAAAGGCUGUUUAAUAUUUAACUCUUAGUUGUCCUUUUCAAGUCUCAAUUAGCCAGCACCAAGAAAAUUCUUACCAAUAAUUAAUUCAAAGUGUUUUCUUUAUGAUGUAUAUUAUGUUGGUUUCAACAGUUCAGGAAGUACAUGAAGAAAGCAGAGAACUCAUGAAACAAGCUCUUGAAGAGGUAAACAAUGGGGGGGGGUGGGGAUGGGGAAUCUGAAAUCAGAUUUAUACUAAAAAUGUAUUCAUGUUUCUGAAAGUUAGAAAAUCUAUAUUUGGGUGCUGAGCAACAUUUACAACAUGAUCUUGCUUAAUAAUAUAUUUGUUCGUAUUGAAUGAUUACAAUUGACCCUAUAUAUUGCAACUGUUUUGUUAUCAUCCCCAGGCUGAAGAUGAAAUGCGUGCCAAGAUGGAACUGAUCCAACAGAUUAGGGUCAUGGAAUCGAUGCCUGUCAGUCGAUUUAAAGUGCUGGAUCUGACAUCAACGUCAGGAGCAGGGCUUUUAGGAGAGAUGAGCAUUCUGGAGGUAUUCUUUUGCCUUAGGUUGAAUAUAGUGGACUUCAGACAUUCAGUUGCUGUCUGUCUAGUUAUGUUCAAAAUGUUUCUGUUUGUGAUUUAGUUAAGUUUAUUUUGCCAUGUCUGAUAAAGUUUAUAUUACACAUAUUGUAUUUUUUAAAUAUUUUCUUAACUUACACAGUAUUAACUAAAGCAGGAUUAGUUUAAAAUUCAGAUGAAUUUUUAAAAAUGUAACUGUUUUAGAAAAAUAUCAUGUUUGAAUAUAAUGUAAACUUCUAAUAACCUUUAAUAACCUUUACAAAAUCCACCAUAAUGAAAUAAAAGUAUAUUUAUUGACCUAGUUAUCCCUCUUGUCCCAAUCCUUUGUAGUUUAUGAUUCAUUAACAACAAUCUUCCUGUUCAAUAGCCAGUGGCGUAGCGAGGGUGUUUGGCGCCCGGGGACAAGAUUCGCGCCCGGGGACAAGAUCCAUUUUUAGCACCCCUUUUUCUUUUUUUCAACUCUCAAGCCCAUUAUUUUCAUCAAUAAAAUAAUAUCAAAGCACAUUUUGGCGCCCCUAACUAGCUGGCGCCCAGGGACAUCUGUCCCCCCCUGCCCCCACCACGCUACGCCUCUGUCAAUAGCUACUAGAUAAAUAAGGGGCAUAUGCCUUGACAAACUACAAUGCAUAAUUUAUAUCAGAAAAUAAUCACAGCCAUGAUGCAGUACAACAUACAUUUUAAAAAAGCACAAUAUUAUUAACCUUAUGAUGCUCACCCUAGAUUUAUUGUUUGACCUUUCCAGCUGAGAGAAAGACUUGCCCUCUUGAAAGCUCAGAAUAAGGAAGAUGAAGAAAUCAGGAGAGACAACAUUCUCAAUGCCAAACAGGUAAACUAGGUCCAUGGAAACAAAACAAAAGUAGGUUGUCAUUGACAAAUGAGUCAUUUCCUCUGAUCUCAAGUAGAAAACUGAGCAAGAUUCAUUCAAUUUAGAUAAUUCAGCCUGAUAUAACUGCUAAUAUUAUCAGGCUUUUUUUUUUUUUUUUUUUUUUUUUUUUUUUUUUUGGCCAUUUUUUUUUUUUUUUUUUAACUUAGGUAUUUUAAAAUUUAAAUUAACUGAGAGUUUGGUUAACCUAAUUGUUUUUUUUUUUAUUUUUUUUUUUUUUUUUUUUUUUUUUUUUUGUUUUUUUUUUUUUUUUUUUUUUUUUUUGCUUCUUAUGGACACUUGAUUCUAUUUUAUUCAAACUAGGUACUGUAAAAUUUAAAUUAACUGAUGAGUAGUGUAACCUAAUUGUUUUUUCUUGUAAUUUGUUUUCUCUUAAUUAAUGCUUAACAAUACUUGUCAUUUACAAAAAUAGAGUGGUGGGGCAGUGACAGUAAGGUGGCUGCUGUGAAUUUUAAUUGAUAUCUACUUUGUAAAAGUUUCUCAUUUAAUCCAGUUAAAAUGAAACCUGUUGAUUUUUAAAUUUUAUACAUUUAGGCUGCAUUUUUUAACAUUUUUAUUUCCCUCAGGCCAAAGCUGAAUUUUUAUCUGAUACCCUGGACAUGAUUGCCAAGCAUAGAUCUGAGCAGACAAGAGGUGCUGCUCUAAAGUGAGUUGAUUUUCUUAGUAUUCUCAAUUAUGCAACGCAUUUUGUAUGAAAUCUUACACACCCAUUUGGUGGAAUGUGUAUAGCUUUUUGAUGGAAGGUAGACACACAAAAUGUGUAUAGAUUUUGGAUAAAAUGUGUUGGAAGGGUGGAAUCUCUACAGAUGUCGAUGCAAGGUACAGGGGAUCCUCGGAUUAUGUUGUACGCAAAUUAUGGCAUUUCGCUGUUGUGUUGCCAUUAAUUAAUUUCUGAAGUUUAUUAGAUAUAUUUAUUUACCCUUGAAAGUAUGUGGUCCUUGUAUUUUUUGUUUAAUUUACCACAGAAGUCAAGGUCAGGAAUUGCUACUUUUUUUUAUUUUUUAACUGUUUCACUUCAAUACUGCUGUGUAUGUUCUCCAUGUGUUUAUUUUUAUUUAUUUACCACAGGAUUAAAGCUCAGGAAUUGUUAUCUUUUUUAAUUUAUAUUUUUAUCUUUACUGUUUCAUUUCAUUACUGUGCUGUGUAUGUGCUCUACAUGAGUGAUGUAGGUGCUUGUAUAGGUGGGUUCCAGCCUUCGACAAAAAUCGCUUUGCGGCGCACCAUAGGAACGGACCUCCGACCCUAAGUCGAGCACCCCCUGUUUACAGCUGUUGGGUGGAAUUUGUAUAGCUGUUGGUUGUAUAUUAUAGCUGUUGGUUGCAUGUAGCUUUUGGUUGCAUAUAUUGGGUGAAGUGUGAACAAUUUAUGGGCCUACUUCAUUGACUUGGAUAAUAAAUGAAGGACGCGUUCAGGCUGUGUGAAUGAAAUAAAAGAGCAAGGUAUGUGGAAGCUUGAAGUAGAAAAACAGGACAAUAAAAGAAGAAUGUUUCGGCUAAGAGCCGACGGGACAAAUGAAAAAAUAACAAGUAUUUCUAUUUCAGUUUGCACAUUCCUUGUUUUUCUAUUUACUACAUUGACCUGCAGAGUUAUGUAAAUCGUUCAGAAGGUAAAAGGUUCAGAAAAAUUAAUGCCCCGCUUUCAACUUGAAAUAAUUUAUUAGCGCUCUUUUUUUAACUUCAAAACUCUAAAGCCGGCAGCAGUAUCAAUUAUUUAAAAGCAAUAUUUUUCUUUUGAGUAAUUUUAUCAAAAUAUAUUGUCAUAAUUAAUGAUCAGAAAUACACCCAUAAGUUCAUGGAUUGAUGAACCAUUUAAUAUUCAUCCAUCAAAAAGAAAUGUAUCAUUUUCAUUCUCUUUAAUCGAUUCCCUGCUUUAAAGUUGCCAAGAAUAAUAGAAAUUUUCUUCUUUUUUUUUUGAAUAAAAAGUCAAUUCCAUUUGUUAAAAAUUAAAAUUACCAACAAGAGUAGUUGAAAUCUUUUGUUCUCUGGCUAUAUCUGAGGUAUUUGCUAAAUUUCAGAUAUUAUUUGCACUAUCUCAAACAUUGUUUGCUUAAUAUAAGAUGUUAUUUGCUUGAUCUCAGAUGCAAUUUUAUUAUUCUCAGAUGUUAUUGGCCUAACCUCAGAUAUUAUUGGCUUAAUCUCAGAUGUUAUUGGCCUAAUCUCAGAUGUUAUUGGCUUAAUCUCAGAUGUUAUUGGCUUAAUCUCAGAUGUUAUCGGCUUAAUCUCAGAUGUUAUUGGCCUAAUCUCAGAUGUUAUUGGCUUAAUCUCAGAUGUUAUUGGCCUAAUCUCAGAUGUUAUUCUCUUAAUCUCAGAUGUUAUUGGCAUAAUCUCAGAUGUUAUUGGCUUAAUCUCAAAUGUUAUUUGCCUAAUCUCAGAUGUUAUUUCCUUAAUCUUAGAUGUUAUUGGCUUAAUCUUAGAUGUUAUUGGCUUAAUCUUAGAUGCUAUUUGCUUAAUCUCAGAUGUUAUUCAUUUGAUUAGACUUGAAGCCAGCAAGAAACCCAAGACGGGAGCAGGACAGUUUAAGAGUUUGGCCCUGGCUGAGCUGGAGAGGAAAGUGGAGGAAAGAAGAUCAGCUCGGCUCCAAGAACAGCGACCACAGGCUCCCACAUCAUCAGCAGCCAAAAAGAAAAUUAGCUUUGUUUCACAAAAGGUCUGGGCUCAAAUGUAUCAGUGCGAUGUCACUGAGGCAAAUUAAAAAUUAUGCUCUAUGGCAGUGGUUCCCAAAGUUGGUGUUUUUUGCUGCAUUUUUCGGUCUUUAGUUUCACCAGCAUCCCCAAUACACUUCUACACCUCCAAAUCUUAUGAAAACUAUUUUCAAUGGGGCAUAGUUUAUAAUCCAGUGAAGAAAAUAAUUAUUUUAAAGCUUUAAAAAGAAGCUUAUCCAAUUCUACAUAUAAGUUGAAUUGAGACUUACUUUUUUUUGUUGUUUUUUUUAAACUUUUAUUUAAUUAAAUGAUUAAGCUCCUUAUUCAACAUUCUAAAAGUUAGGAAAGAUGAGGCUUAGUGCUACAAAAAUAAAUAUGUCCAUAAAAUAAAUUCAUCAUUCUGUAAGUAUGGAUGGGCUGCCAUGCAGCAGUUUCCUAUAGUCACUCAGCUAUGUAAUAUAAUGGGUAAUGUAUUUCCUUUAAUCAGGAUAAUUUGUAUUGCCUCAUAAAAAAACUCUGUUCCACUUACAAUAAGAUAUAAUAAAAAGAAGCAAACUUCCAGUAUAUUGUCUCCCUUAUCAAGUCAUUUUGGUUUCCCUUUUUUCUUUAAUACAUACUUGUAUACAACAAAUCUUGGAGUAAACAUCCAUCAUUAUAUAGCAAAAUGAGUUGGUAGGAAAUAAUUUGUAUCUGUGAAAGUGGACACAUAUUCUGGUUUCUGGUAUACACUGCUACUUCCAUAAUCCUUAACAUUUUAUCUCCAUGUCGAUUGUGUUGCAUCAGUCCUUUUUAUAAAUGAGUUAAGUUCUUGAUUGGCUCACAUAUUUUUUCCACUUUUCUGAGUGCAGUCAAACUAUCUUGUAACAAAUCCUAUCCGGACUCACGUGUUGGGAAAAGUCUUGCCUUGAAACAACCUUAACCCUCCCAGCAAAUCUCUUACUGUAAACCUGUUUCUUAAGCAUACCAAAGUCCAAUUUUGGGAACCACUGACUGUUUUAAAAUGACCCAGAAAUGGAUCAGUCAAAAUGUAAUGUUAUCUGGUCUAACAAUAAAUUAUGGAAGCAAUGUCUUUAUCAAUCCAGGCAGUGACAGAUUAAAUUCAUUCUCACACACAGAAGAAGAAUCUUAGAAAUCAGUUGUUUUUUUCUAGCUUGUAUCAAUCAAUCUGAUUGGCCAAAACAAUUGUCAAGAGAAAAGAGAAUCUUUGAAAAUAGAAACAAAAUCAGACUGUUUUUUUCUCUAAUUUUUCUAAAUGUAAAAAAAAAAAAAACCCAAAUAAAACACCAAAACAGUACCAGCAAAAUUUUUAAAUUCUUUUUUUUUUUUUUAAGCUGGAUGUUUAAAAUAUUUCCUUUAACUAUUUUCAACUUUCCAAGUGUUUUUGUUUCUUGUUUGACAAACACUUAGACAUUUCUUUUGUAUUAUUUGUCAGUUCAGACGGUUAAAAUGAAAAUAGUUUUUACAUUUUUUGUUUGAGGUUGAGUCCUUAUGUUCAAAUGUUAUGUGAAUACAUGGGUAUUGAUGUCUUCCUUUCAAAAUAAAAAGGUGAUUUUGCAUUUAGCCUAAUUUUAUGUUUAGUAAGAAAUAGUAAUGAGAAAAUUGCUUUGCAGUGAAAUUAAGUAAGUGUUUAAAAAAAAUAUAUAAAAUCUGUCAAUAGAAUAAUUCAUGUGAGGAUCAUUUAAUGAGAUCUCUGCCAAACGUUUUUAAACCUUUUAGAUGAAGUUGUUAACAAAAUAUUUAAUGACAAAAAACAGACAAUUUUUUUAUUUUUGUCGUAGCUGUAUAUAAAUUAUUUUAUGCUUGCUUUAUUCCUUACAAUUCAAUACAUUUGUUUUGCAGAAAAAUUUAGAGGAAAGGAGAUGGAAAGAACUGGAACAAACACAGGAGAGGGCAGCCAUGUUGUUUUCAAAAGGUCAGACGGUUUCGGCCGCCUCUCAAAGACUCACUGUCAGCACUAUAUAAAUGUUGCAUUGCUUUCUAUACCAUUGUGAUAUAUUCCCUUAUGUAAAAAAUUUCCUUCGGGGCCACACAGAGAGUGAUCAAUAUUUUAUUUAACAUUCUUAACUCUUCAAGUCUGUUGCUAUGUCAUAACUAUUCUAUUUCUUGAGCAUUCAUGAAAUGUGUAGAUCUUAGAAACCAUGGCUUAAAUAUAAUAAAUUAUUUUUAAUCACUUUGGCUUGAGUUCAAAAGUCCUGUAAAAACAAGAGCAAUGAUUUUCAACUAAGACAACAUUAAUUAAUUGUUUACAUAAAAAAUUCAAGGUAUAGAAGUCAGAAGAAAUGAUAAUGAGAAAGAGCUGUUCAAUUUAUUUUCUGCCUGUGUUUAAACUGACAAAUUGACCUGAAACUUAAGUUCGCUGGAGUUAAAAAUAUAAACAUCUGAUGUUUUAUUAUAGUAUCUUACUUAAUUAUCUACCACGUAAUUUUUCAUUAUGAGAAAUAUUCAAAAAAUUUCCAGCGGUUUUUCCAAGCUGCAUAAUUAUUUGGAAUCUCAGCUUUUGGUAUUCUUGAAUUACAAUUCGGUCCAUACAAAUUAUUGUUAUUUAUUAACAGUAUUACAUUUUCUAAUUUAUACUAUUAAAAUAAUAUGCUAUUUUUAGAUAGGUGCAACAAAAGAUGUCAAUUUUUUUCUUAAAGUCUUUAAUUCCUUUUUAUUUUUUUAAAUUUGUAAAAUCCCCUUAAGGAAAUUAAUAACUCGAAGCCCUUGUCCCACAAUAAGACUUCUCCAUCCCAAAUUAUGUCAAUUGACACACCAUGCUAUUUUCUUGGUGCUUGUCAAGAUAAACAGAAAGCUGAAGAAAUUUACUUGGUUCUAUUUCCACAAGAAUUUUCAUCAGAUAAACCAUUACAAAAAUAAAGUCACAUGCCAUCAAAAAGUUCUCUAAUAUGUCAGACAUUGCUUCAGAUAAUUGUAGAUCAGUACCCUAUGUGGAACUAAAUUUUCUUUUUAAAAAAAACAACAUAUUUUGUGAUAAUUCUUUCUUAAAUUAUCAAGGCAUGUAUAAUUUAACUUAAUACCAAUGUUUCUAUACUUUGAUGAAAUUGUACAAUUUUGUUUUUCUUGUGUAUGUACAGAAAAGUAAAUUUUGUAUGAAUUUAUUGUUUGAAAUAAAAUUUAAU